AUGAAUUUAACGUUUUCUGGUGGUGAAUUUCUAAUGAUUUACGAAAUUGGUGUUGCUGCGGGAUUAGUAGACUACGCACCCGAUUUAGUCAGAAGCUUGAAUUCAGUCAGUAGUGCCUCCGCUGGUAGCUUUUCGGCCAUUGGCUUGUUAUUAUUCCCUACCAAGUUAAAGGAAUUUGUUCCAAUUUGUAUCGAGACCUUCGCAUACCUUAAAAAGAAUUCUUUUGGGUUAUUUCAUCCACAACUGAAUAUACCAAAAUUGAUUCAAGAAAUGCUCGAACCAUUUAUCCCAGAAAAUGCUCAUAGUAUUGUUAAUGAUAAACUGUAUCUAUCAUUAACACAAGUGAAAGGAAUGAAAAAUAUCUUAAUAUCAAGAUUUCAUUCUAGAGAAGAUCUUAUUGAGUGCUUAAGAUGUACCUGUUUUAUACCCAUUUGGUCAGGUUUUCAACUUCCAAAAUACAGAGGAGAGUAUUAUAUGGAUGGAACCAUUAGUAAUAAUAUACCAAUACCCUUCGGUGCUCAUGCUACAAUAACAGUUACUGUUGAUCCAGGAAUGGGUAUCAUAAGUCCAGGAGAUGUUGCAUUAUAUGGAUUAGCUCAAAGGAAUCAACAAAUUCCACAAACAGCUUCUCUGUCAGUUGAAUGCUUGCUACGGACAUAUCGAUGUUUAAUUCCUCCUGAUAAAAAAAGAGCUUAUGAAUUAUACUACCAAGAUUCAACAGCUAUUCCAAGUAAUAUCUUAUAUAGUUAUCAUUGCGAAUCCGAGAUUCCAAUUCAUAGCAUAAACAGAAAUGUAGCAGUAACUGAGGCCAAUUAUGGUAGUAGUAAAGAAGAUGCAAUUGUGAAAUUUCUCCAUAUCGGUAUCGAGGAAGUUUUCCAAUGGAUUCCAGAUCAUUGCAAGACAAUAGUAGAAAGAGAUCUAGAACGUAAUAUAUCUGAUUGGAUUAGCGUUGAAUAUCUUCGAGAAUAUCUUAAAAAAGAUUAUCAGCGUUUGCAAAAAUUAGGCGCUAUAUCAGAAAUGAUUUGUCGCGAGAACAUGGCUUGCACAAAAUAUGGUAGACAAUAUAACAGACGUGCUUUUACUAUUUUUAAUUAA